UUUACGUCAAGAAGAAGGUCGAGCGAAAGGAUGCGGGGGGGCGAAGGUAGCGCCGAGGGAGGUUGUCACGCUGAGGAGGACGCGAGCGGCCAAGGCAAGGAGAGCAAGGGCAACGAAAGUCGUGAGGAUGAGCGGGACCGAGAGGGCUUUAUCCAAAUAUACGACGUACGUCGUACCCCUACCGAGGACAGCGCCAUGGGCAUCUCUCGCAUAUUUCCUCAGAUUGUCAAAAGAGAACACGCCUCAUUCUUGUAGUACAACAGUAGAUACAAGUGGUCAACACCAGGAUCUGGUGAACCCUGAGACAAAAACUGCUGAAGAAAAUCAAAGUUCGUCUCUCCUGAAGGUCGUCGGAACUAGUACUAGUGAAGCAAUUAAUACUAUUACUACCGAAAAAAAGCCACAGCCAGCAGCAACAUGCAUGAUGGAGGUGGAACGUGGUGAGGAAGCCCUGGAUGAUGAGUUCGAAAAAGAUCAUGUUGUUGCUGAUCAAGUUCGAGAGGACCACAGCGGAAAUGCAACCGACAACUCCCCCAAAAAGACCAUGCACAGUCCCCCGACCUACACUCAAGGCCCACGCGACGCUAAGUCAUACUCAUAGUUGCCGUGUGCUUCAUCUUCUCGACAAUUUGUCCACCUUAGAAAAUAGGAUAUGCCUUCCGGGAAGUGUAAGUGACUCUUUGCGACUGCGAUCAGCUCUAAUGCACCAUCUCGUACCUGUUCAAGGAAGGUCCAGGCUGGCGCACUCCCAAAGAAUUGCAGCGUGAUCUUGCACAUGAGUCCAUUUUCAAAGGCUGAGCCACAAACUCCAUAUUAGAAAGACAAAAGACUCUUGGGUGAACGAGUUGCCCCAAUUGAAGCACUCCAAACACGAUCAUCCUGACGGCACGUGGUCCGCGAAGCGGUUAUACCAGAUAUGUGCCGGUGCACCUGGGAACUAUGCCGAAUGUCCUGCUACGAAAAAGUUGAGGGCUGAACUCAUGGAAAAGGCCCCUUCGAGUUGGUGGCUGCUCCAAUUUCACAUUUAUGGAGGUUCAUUCAUGGAGGUAGUCCAGAUUGCCAUUAGGGAAAUCCGUCACGCGCGUGUAGACAAAUGCUCCGAUUAAGUAUUUUCACACUCAAGCUUCGCCAUGCCAAUGCCUACUACUAGCUUUUCUUCUACUUUCUUACUUUAACCUUUUUUGGAUUUGAAAACACGAGGACGAUCAUGACGGAACCAAGAUGAACCUAAUAGUGAGCAGUACGAAUAUGUGAGCUCUAAAAUGUCUUGGAGAAGGUCUUUCCCGAUGUUGGGGGCGAAGGAUUAGGCGAGGUCUUCGAUGAAAUUUCUCUGGGUGACGCUCGUAUCGGGAUGGCACAUUAUGACCCGGGUUGGCACGCCAGGCUGGUGCUCCUCUGUGCUGACGCACACACGUCAGGUGGAGUAGCUGCUGACACAAUAAGGCGAAUGGGUUUCUCAUCUGUAAAGAGGAUCGCUGAGCAGGAGCUUAGCAGAGUAGACUCUUGCUCUCAACGUCUUGUGCUGGAGCAUGGUUUCCUUCCUACCGCCACGGAUGGAUGGGCGACACUGCCUUUUCCCUUCUUCAUAGCUGCCUGUCUUGCCAUCUUGAGCGGACCCCUUUCUGACGAUGACACUUGGCUAUCGAUAGUUCGGCUGCCCAGAGGUUCGCCCUUCUCGAAUCGUUUUUCACCCAUAUUCUGGAACAAACCGGAACAGAACAAGGAUCAGAUUCGUCAGCUGCUGCUUCCGGUGCGACAGAAUUACGCUGAAUACAUGAACAAACGAUUCUCUGUCGAAGCUAAUGAAUGAUAUCCGAUCCAGUCAGAGGUGCGGUGAGACAAGUGCCUAAAGAGCAUCAUUAUUUUUGGUCGUCAACGUCAUCCUUGCAGGUUAGCAUUACCUUCUAGCAUUUUGAUCAAGGUCAAGAGCUGGUCAUGUGGUGGAUGUCGGGGUAGCGUACGCCACGCAAGUGAAUCGGAAGAAUCUUGACAUUGACUUACAUUGGAUGUUGAUCCAUAUCUUUCUCAUGUGGUCCGCGCAUUCAAGGGCGGAAACGAUAAGUAUUUAAUGAUCGUGUCCAAAUGCAAAUCUAUAUCGGGUACAAGUACAAUCACCGUGUCCUCCAGUGCUUCUUUCAACAAGACCUAAGACUGACAAGCAGGAUUCCCCCAACAAGCCUUCAUUUCUCACAUCCAAUGCACGACUCCUCCAAACACCAAAAUUGUCAUCAUAAGAACUCCAGUUUUUUUUGUCACAUCGAAAAGGUAAAGGAAGACCAC